UCCCAAGCAUGGUCUUCAAUAUAUUUCACAUCUUGGGCGAUGUAUCACAUACUACAUCUAAGCUCAUCUUGAUAUGGGCCAUCCACAACAACAGCAGCGCCGAGGGCGUCUCACUUAUUACUCAAGCCCUCUAUACGCUCGUAUUUUGUUCCCGCUACCUCGAUAUCUUUACGGUGUCUGCAACGAAGGAUUGGAUGCACUCAUGGAACUUCUCGCUCAAGAUAUUCUAUGUACUUUCUUCGCUAUAUAUCAUCUUUCUCAUGACGAGCGUCUAUGCUCGCACAAGGGAGCGUGAGAAAGCAUGGAAGUUUGGAAUGUAUUGCCUACUUGCUAGUAUCGCCAUCACCCCUUUUUGGUAUCUCAUCUUCAAAAAUUGGGUUCUCGGCCAGCAUACCUUCUUGAGGGUCUUGUGGGUUUUCUCUGAGAUCCUCGAGUCCGUUUGCGUGGUGCCGCAACUUCUGCUCAUGCGCCAAACCACCGUUCCUACCGUUAUCGACUCGUUCUACCUAGUCGCAUUGGGUGCCUACCGCUUCCUAUACAUUCUCAACUGGAUAGUCCGUGGGGUUGACGAACACCAUAAGGAUCCUACCUCGUGGGUAUGGGGCUCGAUCCAAACGGCGUUGAUGAUUGAUUUUGCUUGGGUGUACUACAGCCGACAGCGCGUCAAGUUGCGACGAGGUGGUGUCGUCGAUUCCGAAGAUCUUGGAAGAGGAUGGCUUGUCGGGCGUUUUGUGGGAAGAAAGAGCGUUGAUUUUGAUUUUGAAGAAGAAGAGUCGGCGCGUCGCGAAGCCCAGAACGGACGUGCCACAAACAAGUGGGGCAGGAAUGGCAUAUCGGUCUCUGCUGACGAGGGUGUGCGCGAUGCGCCACGAAAGAAAAGCCCAGCGAAUGGAAAUCUGGAUCCGGAAGCGCAACCCUUGGCAGACCCAGCCGCAUUCGAAGACGAUAGCGAUGAUGGGCUGGACGCGCCGCCCCCUGCUUCUGCUGCUACUGCUUCAAACACGCAUCAUGAUAGUGGAGUCAGUGGAGGGGAUGAAUGGAACGACGAUGUGGAUGCGGAUGCCCAAGAGCACACUGGGCAUCCAAGAUAA